UUGGAAAAAAAAUUUUAAGGAAAAAAUUCCCAGGACAUCUCCUAUGAAAAUUCCCGGGCUUUGAAACGGCGAACGUUCCCAGUGCCGUCUAUUCACUCUCAUAAUUCAUGAAUCGCCUGCACUUGAUUCCAAAAUCCCUAAUCUACCCUCUGUCAUUUCGCUUUUCGGGUCGUUUCGUCUUGACUCUCAGUCCCUUCCAGCCCACUCGAGCUAUGUCCGGCGGCUCGGUUCAGCGACUUUUCCAGCUGAAGCACAACCCGCUCACUGGUAACUCGGAAUGGAUUGUCAUCGAGGAAAAUGAAGAGUUUCCUGAUAAUUUCUCCGACGGUCUUCUCGCUAGUACGUCUUAUCUUGACAUGCUUAAUGAUUCUCGCCGUAACAGAGCUUUCCGUUUGGCCAUCGAGAAGACUGUAACUAAACCUUGCCACGUCCUUGAUAUCGGUGCUGGAACUGGACUAUUGUCAAUGAUGGCUGCAAGGGCAAUGGGCUUGAGCAAUGCCACAGCAUGUCCUAAUAACAAGGGAGUGGUAACAGCCUGCGAAUCUUAUCUUCCAAUGGUAAAGUUGAUGCGGAAAGUUCUGCAUCUCAAUGGUAUGGGAAAACAUGUCAAUGUCAUCAACAAACGUUCUGAUGAACUAAAAGUUGGUGUUGACAUUGCUUCACGAGCAGAUGUUCUUGUCAGCGAGAUAUUAGAUUCAGAGUUAUUAGGUGAAGGGCUAAUACCUACUCUACAACAUGCUCAUGACAUGUUAUUGGUGGAAAAUCCACAAACAGUGCCAUAUCGAGCUGUUACCUAUGGCCAGCUAGUUGAGAGCACAUUCUUGAGCAAGCUGAAUGAUCUGCAUAAUAAUGAAGAAAAAGCACUGGAUGGCAUUCAUCUUGUUCCUACUGGCUUCAAUACUAUUCCAAGUGUUAAAUCACAACAGUAUACCAUGCAUUGUGAUGCAAUUAGGGAAGAGAUCAAACUGCUUUCAGAACCCUUCGAGAUAUUUGAAUUUGACUUUUGGAAACGGCCAGACAGUUACGGAGAAACUGGGCUACACAUAAAGGCAAUUAACAAGGGUACAGUUCAUGCUAUUGUUUCAUGGUGGGUAAUUCAACUCGAUCAUGAAGGAACAAUUUUUUAUUCCACUGCCCCAAGUUGGAUAAGGUCAGAAGGUGCUGGGGACUGGUGUGACCACUGGAAACAGUGUGUUUGGUUUUUACCAGGGGAAGGGUUGUCUGUAACUGAGCAUGAAGAGGUUCUUUUGCAUGCUGUUCAUACUGAUACUAGUAUGUCAUAUGAACUCAAAGCCCAAGUUGAGAGACCUGGGGUGAUGCAAUACAACGUAAAUGAUUGGAAUCUACAGCUCAUGUUACCACCAGAAAGAAUUGCAAUUUAUGGAGACAGUAAAUGGAGGCUUUGCAUGUUGACUGCUAUAAGAAAUGCUUUGCAGUCAAGAUCUCAUCCAUUAUGUCUUGUCGUGGAUGACAGUGUUUUCCUGACCUUAGUUGCUGCACAUCUUUCAAAAUCAUCACAUGUAUUAUCAUUGUUUCCGGGGCUGCAAGAGAAGGGUGCCAGAUAUUUGGAAGCUGUAGCUUAUGCUAACAAUUUCUCAAUGGAUCGCUUAGAAGUUUCUCGAAAGGGGAAAGCAUAUUUGACAGGGAACAGUACUUAUCAAAGGAAGGUUGACCUGCUGCUUGGUGAACCUUACUAUUUUGGAAAGGAGGGUGCGUUGCCAUGGCAAAAUCUACGAUUCUGGAAAGAAAGGACUAUGCUUGAUUCUAUCCUUGCAAAAGAUGCAGUGAUAGUGCCUUAUAAAGGAAUACUUAAGGCGUGUGCCAUGUAUCUUCCGAAUCUUUGGAUUAGUCGUCACAGUUUGAGGAAGAUUGAAGGUUUUGACCAUUCAAUUGUCAAUAUGACCUUAGGCUCGUGCGGUGAUUUACCAACUCCUAAAGAGGGUCCUUGUCUGCCCUUUUUCGUCUGGCAGUGUGGAGAGAUUAAGGCACUGAGUGAAAUGUUUACAAUCAUGGAGUUUGAUUUCUCAAAGCCAGCAAGUCCUUGUUCUGGAAAAGCGCAGGUUGAAUUCAUUGAAGAUGGGAUAUGUCAUGGAUUUGUAUUAUGGAUCGAUUGGGUGAUGGAUACAGAGAAUUCCAUUGUGAUAUCAACAGGUCCAGAUGAGAGAUACUGGAAGCAAGGAGUCAAGCUUCUUUCAAAGCCUGUUGCAGUUCAAGUGAAUGAAUCAGGAGGUGCAGGUGGAUGUGGAUCUGCAGUAGUGGAAGCAUCUUUUGACCCAUCAUCAAAUGGCGACCUAAUUAUCAAGCACAUUUUCUCAUAAUGAUUGUUGUCUUUUUGGCUCACUGGCAUAUAUACACGUAUUGAGGAACACAUCUAUGUCUCUAGAAGGUGAAAAUUUGUAACCUGGGAAGUACGAAUAUUCUGAGUUGACGCUAUGCAACUGAUGGAGGAAUUUUUGCGCCGCUUAUGGUUGCAACAUUAUGGUUGAUAGAUGUAAACUCCGGUAUAUCAUCAUCGUAUAUCGAUUCCCCCAACAAGUUCAUAAUUUGAUGCCCUAAAUCAGGAAGAGUUAUUGUUACAAUAAGGAGGAUGGUUGCUGGAUAGAUGAAGUGUAUUUAUUUGUAUGUUUGGUACAAGUAAAUUCCAUAAAGCUUAUGAAGUUAUUUAUAAACAUAGUAUUUGCACUUAAA